AAAGACGCGCUGCUGGACGCCAUCGCGACCGUCGAGCGCGGCGUCACCGCGACGGAGGCGGACAAGGAAGCCAUCGACGCGCUCGCGGUCACGCUCGAGCGCCUGAACCCAAACGCCAGGGCGCUGUCGUGUAACCUUCUGAACGGCGAGUGGGAGCUCCUGUACACGACGAGCGCGUCCAUCAUCGGCGCGAAUAAACCGUGGCCGUUCCGACCGCUCGGGCCCAUCUAUCAGACCAUAGACGUGCCGAGAUUACGCGCGGCGAACCGAGAGACGUUCCCGUUCUUCAACGCCGUCGACGCGGACCUCACGCCGACGUCGGCGGCCGCGGUGGACGUGCAGUUCGUGAAGUUUAAGCUAUUCGGGGGGUUGAUCCGAGUGGACGCGCCGGCGGCGGCGAGGGGCGCGUUGAGCGUGACGUACUUGGACGAAGAGAUCAGGGUCUCGAGGGGGGACCGCGGGAAUCUGUUCGUGCUGAGGAUGCACGACGCGACGAAGGAGCUGCCGAGGAAGGGCGACGACGACGACGAGGAGGAGAAGGGGGUGUACGAGGCGUGA